UUAUACUUAUUUAUAUUUUUAUGUCUCACUGACUGAGAACACAAUAGAUUUUGUUUUAAAUUUUAAGUAAGAAUAAAUACAUCGCCAAUUCAUUAGUCGUUCGCAUUAAGGUCAAAAUGAUCGUCGUAAAGUUUCUGCUGUUACCAUUGUUCUGUCUGUACGUUGAAUGCACUUCAGCGGUGUUUCCUAGUUUUAUUCAUCCCAAGUAUAUAUCGGACAACUGGACUUUUCUUAGGAAUGUUAUUAAGUCACUGGAGCUAGAUGAAAUAGCUAAGCCCAGUUUCGUGAUGAGUCCAUUCUCACUGGAAAUCGUCAUGAUGAUGCUUCGUCAUGGCGCAGAAGGAGACACUUUGGACGAGCUUGAAGACGCCAUCGGUUUACACAGAUUCAUCACAGAAAAGGGCCACCGCCACGGCUUUACACGUUCAUUGCUGGAUGAGUUCAAAACGCUAAGUAGAGAAAACGUAACAAUCUACGCAGCAAAUCGUGUUUUCUUGGAGCAACAAUUCGAAGCUGAUCCAAAAUACCUCAAAGAAGUAAACGGCUGGUACGACCUAGAAGUGAAACCGAUGAGCUUUGCAAAGCCAGUUGCAGCAGCUAAAGAAAUCAACGAUUGGGUUGCAAGGAAGACCAAACUGAAGAUCCAGAACUUGCUUCAGCCUACAGAUCUAUAUCUACCCAGAUUGGUUUUGGUCAACGCGUUGUACUUCAGCGGACGAUGGAUGAACCCUUUCGAGCACCAUCUAACGCAUGACCGAACAUUUUACUCAAUUGACGGCGUUAGCGAAAAGAAGAUGUCAUUCAUGCAGCAGGUUCAGACGGUGUCGAGCGCCUAUAGUGAUAAUCUGCAAGCGAGAAUCGUCGAUCUGCCUUUUGUUAGCGAGAAAGUAUCGAUGACGAUUCUGUUAACUGAUGAAAGAAACGGUUUGAGGAAUAUAUGGGAACAGAUAUCGGAUUAUGCUGAUUACCUUUGGAAGUUGGACGACGAUAUUCUCCAGCCCACUUACGCUAUAGUUACCAUUCCAAAAUUCAGGAUUGAGUUCAGCCUAGACGGCAUACCUUUAUUAAAAAGUGUAGGUAUAACAUUAAUAAACAUUAUAAAAACUACUCAAAAAUGGUUCAAACAAGAGUUGUAGGGUUUUGAGAGGGCAAAACGAUGGUGAACUUGACCACGGCCGUCAAGGUCAUUUCAAGGUCAAGUAAGUAUUUCUCCAUUUUAUACCAGAAUUGAAAAUAGGAGGAAAUUUUACGUUCGAACAUGAUAUUGACCUUGAAAAUUACCAUGACCUUUCAAGGUCAGAUAAAAAUGUUGAAAAUAUUGCACACCACAGUUGUAGAGUUUGUAGGGAUCACCCAAACGUGACCUUAACCGUGGGUCAAAUCAAAUUUUUUGCAGCAAACCUUACAUUUUUAUGAUAAAAUUGGAAAAAAGCAGAAAAUUUUACAGUCGACUAACUUCAAGGUCAUAUCAGGAUUAAAUGUUUAUAAGGAAACCCGUUCAUUUUUAUGGCUAAAUAGCAGGUAUUAAGAAAUUUUAUAUGUAAGUUUUAAAUUAUAUCUUGGCCUUGAAGGUCACCUUUAGGUGACUACCACAAAUCUCACAACUGUGCUGUUGAAAAUUUGUACUAGAGCAAAUUGCUUUCAACGUCUUAAAUUGACCUUGAAAAGGCCUUGAUGUCAAACUCAAAAUUUUCUCUACAAUUGCUGUGUAAAAAAGAAGCGGUUACAUCAGAAAAUAUUGACUUGACCUUGGAAUGUCCUUCAAAUUUGAGGUCAAGGUCACGAUCAUUUUACCCCUUCGAAAACCUAAAACAUUAUGUCUAGGAUGCUUAGUUUUAGAAAUAUCUAGGUGCCAGUUCCAUCUUUUUCCGCAUAAGUAAAUAACACAGAAAAGUGUCAUUGCUUCUGUUCGCUCGUCACUACAACUUCCAGACAUUUACGUCCCGCUGGCCAAUAGGGGUGUGCGGAUUUUAACUUGACGCGCUAGUAUUUGUAGAUGAGAUUUGAAUACAAAAAAAAUCGACUUUGGACUUUGACAUCUACAUAACUUUUUUGUAGAUGGGAAUUCGCAGAAUCUUCGACGAAGAUCUCGCGGAGCUGGAUAGAAUGUCAAAAGACCGCCUGUAUGUUAGCGCCGUCAAACAAAAAUCUUUCAUAGACGUCAAUGAGUGGGGAGUAGAUGCAGCUGCUGCUGCAGCUACAAAGAAGGCAGUACCAGUAGCCUUCUACCCGGAACCAGAACCAAUCGAAUUUUUGGCAGAUCAUCCAUUUAUCUUCACGAUAAGGAAGAAACCAGAAAAUGAAGUCUUAUUCAUAGGAAUAUACGGAGGGUAAUGAUGCUGCUAUACAGUUUGGUCAUUCGAUAUCAGAAAAGUUAUAAAUAAAGUAUAAGUUUUAUUCUACA